AUGGCGCCCCUCUGCAAGUUUUAUCAACAGGGCAACUGUCGAAACGGAGCUAAUUGUCGCUUCGAGCAUCCCGGCGCAAACGCGAAUCCUUUUGGAAGCAAUAAUAACCGCUUCAAUGCCCUGAACACGGGAGGUGGAGGCUCUGGCGGUGCAUUUGGACGAACCCCCAGCACCGGAGCUGAUGGUACCAACAUUUACAAAAUAACCAAGGACGCGAUCAAGAUUGACCUCGUGGACGAGCGACCGCAAUGGAUACUAUCAGCAUACGGACCCGGCAGAGAUGCGCCGGAGCAACUAUUUGGAGGAUACCCGCGGGAGCAGAGCUUUGAAGAGAUACGGCUUUCGGUACUAUCCAGCCCGAAUCCUCAGCAAGCUCUGCAAGAAGUCCAGAAUAUGUACAUGGAAGCUGAGAAGCAGAUGCAGACUGCCCUCGGUAACCUUGACGGGGCAGUCCAGUUUAUCCUAGCAGCCGAGAACAAGCAUCCCAACCGACACGAUAUAUGUAGACAGGGCACCAACGAAAGUGGCUCUGGGGGCGCAUUUGCAGUUGGUGGUGCUCGCGGCGGCUUUGGCUCCAAUUUAUCGUCGGGUUCAUCGGCAAGUGCUUUUGGUGGUGCACAAUCAACUCCAUUUGGCGCCGCUGCUUCUACAGCGCCGACCACGAGCGCGUUCGGCCAGCCCUCGCAAAUGGGGGCGACGACGACGAGCGCAUUCGGCCAACCCUCGCAGAUGGGAGCGGCGACAACGAGCGCAUUCGGUCAACCCUCGCAGAUGGGAGCGAAGCCCAAUCCCUUUGGCCAGCCAUCAACUUCUUCUCCUGGGAACUCGGCGUUUGGCCAACCAUCAGCGUUAGGCGCAAAGCCGAACCCGUUUGGAGCUGCUGCCAACGCUCCAUCUGGUUUCGCGGCGGCAGCACAGCAGCAGGGCAGCGCCUUUGGUCAGACAUCAUCUCUUGGAGCGAAACCGAACCCAUUUGGCGCACCAGCCUCAUCUACUUCCUUUGGCGCUCCUGCGCAGACACAAAAUAGCAGUCCUUUUGGAGCUCCACCACAACCGUCAAAUGCCAGUCCAUUUGGCGCUCCAGCACAAGCAGCUCAGCCCAGUUCCUUUGGAGCACCCACUCAGGCUUCCAAUCCUAGUCCAUUCGGCGCUCCAUCACAACCGUCGACCUCUAGUCCUUUCGGAGCGCCGUCACAACCUUCAACUUCGAGCCCCUUUGGCGCCCCGGCACAAACAAGUCAAGCAAGUCCGUUUGGUGCGCCGUCGCAAACACAGAAUGCCAAUCCGUUCGGUGCUGCCGCUCAACCCGCGGCCGCUGCGUCCAGUCCCUUUGGUCAACCCGCAGCCAAACCAAAUCCUUUUGGCGCAACUCCUGCUGCGUCGAAUCCAUUUUCGUCCGCAAGCAACGCGACGCAACCGCCAGCAAGCUCUGCCCCGAACCCAUUCGGGCAGCCUGUGACCAAUGGCAUUGGCGGUGGCUCAAGCAACGCACUGAAUGGCUUUGGGGGUUUCAGUGGUCAACCGGCCGGUCAACCUGCCCCUGCAGGCGCUGUCGCUUCGGGGUCGCCAUACCCGCCAGGCAGUGCCAAGCAACAUCCGAGCAUUGAUUCUUAUGCCUCCAGAAUGGGGACUCGGCUGAUCAGAUUCAAAAACAUGCCCGUGGCUUACAAGGAUGACAAACCCGGUGUACAAAAUGGUCGGAGAUGGACCAAGAUAUGGUUUCCAAACGGACCGCCCAAUUACUAUGCAGAUACCGAGCCUUUGGAUAAGGCUGCCUACACAGAUGAUGUGCACAGGAUCUAUGAAGAGAGUGCCAGGACUGGAAGGUUUGUGGAUGUCAUGCCAGAAGUCCCGCCCAUGCGAGAGGAUUGUGCUUGGGAUUUCUAG